CUAUUUUAUAAGAAAAACAAUCUGUGCUCAAUUCAAGUUAUCGUGAUAAGUGAGAGACUGGGAGGAGAGUACGGAAAUUGGACUUUUUGUUACAAUUAUUUCACCUGUUGUCCGAUAGCGUGAAAAUUAUCCACGAUUGGGCGCCGCCGCGGUCGCGCGUCGCGGGCAAUGCAGGGAGCCGCCACUGCGCCUGCGCCCCCCGCGGCCGAGCCGCCUACGUCACAACAAAUCAAAACAGAGGACAUCAGCGAGGCCAAAGUUGACACCGACCGAGAAGACAUGAAGAUCGAUCAUCAUGAGACACGUGCGACGCGGACGACGAGCAUCGACAGCGACAAUCGCUCGGACAGGAGCGAGGAGGAAGAUUGCAGAAGAGCCCGAAAAAGGGCGGCAUCGACGUCGCCUACUCCUAUUCCAUUGGACAAGAGAACGGCGCGGUUUGAGUGCCCGAAGUGCUUUCAGCGUUUCGACUCCAUCAACGCCUUCGAUCUCCAUCGAUUCACAGCGCACGGUGACGACAACAGGACCAGGUUCGACGAUUACAUCGAUUACUCUGGGAAGAAAUACAGAGAUAUACACAGUCCCCAUAUCUCAAUAUCGGAGCAUCGGUUUCGAUGCGAACAUUGUUUGCGGGAUUUCCCAUCAGGUCAAAUCUUAGAUAUCCACAGAAAAACAUGCACUGCAGCAACGAGAAUAUCCAGCCCAGACCGCGAUCGCCGAGAGGACUUUUUCGCGAAACUCGAUCUUAGAAAUAGAUCCUUGGGCAUCCCCGGAACAUUGACACCACCGAUGGAUCGGUUCACGCCUAAAUUCGAUGAUGGACACCUCUCAAAUGGAAUAAGACAUAUCGAUGCAGCCAGAGACUUAGCUGACAUACAGUCAAUUUUAAAUGUAACAUCCGCUGGAAGUCUCUUAGAGAGAUUGACAGGAACUAGAGUUGCCCUAGAAGGUGCCGUACUCACUCCACCUGAUACCAUAGUAAAGGAUCGUGACCAAGAAGAAACUCAGGAUAACUUCGCUGUAGAGUUUAGACGUAUGAAGCUGCGUGGUGAAUUUCCGUGUAGACUUUGUCCUGCCAAAUUUCCAAACCUCAGAGCAUUAAAAGGGCAUAAUAGAGUGCAUCUCAGUGGUACUGGACCUGGUCCUUACCAGUGUAACAUGUGUCCCCAUGCAUCAUUAGAUAAAGCGGCUCUAGUUCGGCAUAUGCGCACGCACAAUGGAGAUAGACCGUACGAAUGCGCUGUGUGCAAUUAUGCAUUUACCACAAAAGCAAACUGUGAACGUCAUUUGCGCAAUAGACACGCCAAAGUGACCAGGGAAGAUGUCAAACGCUCAAUAAUUUAUCAUCCAUCAGAAGAUCCAAAUAACGACGAAGUCAAUUCUAAACUUGCACGAGAAGAAGUCAAGAGAUCGCUGGCAUUCCACACGCCGGAGCUUGAAAGGCGCAUUGAACCUACUGGUCGAAAUACUCCACUUACUCAUUAUAACCCCACAUUCAUAACAGAAAGACAUCCAGUAACAUCCCUUACCAAAUCUUUGCCAGACACACCUACUUUAACGCCAAGAGAAGCUGAACAAGCCAUGCCAAGAAUAAAAGUUAAAGGUAUAGGACAGCUUACGCAGAUACCAGAGUUCAGACCGCCCGAUCUAUCAUUUAAACCCAAUGAUAUUCCUCUGGAAAGCUAUAACGAAGAAGCCCCAGUAGAUCUCAGCACGAGUGACAACAAUAGUUGUGAUGUCUUGGAUCUUAGUAAGAAAAAGCGCGAUACUGAUGACGAUGAACCCAGAAUCCCACCACGUCCUGCAUUUGACAGUGCUGCUGCUGCGACGGCUGCUGCUUCAGCAUUUGAAAAGACGAGGUUAUUGCUAGCUCAACAAAGGCUUUUCGAAUCCUCUCUACCUAAGAUCGAUCCGGCAUACUAUGCUACUCAACUAUCUCAACUUUACGCCAGUGCUGUACCUGGACUACCAGGUUUGCCAUUGCCACCUUCAUUUCCUAUCAACCCUUAUUUUCUUCAAACUUCUUUUUUUCCCCACCCAACUGAUUCACAAGAAAUAGCAGAAAUAAAGCAACGGAUACAGAAAGAAAUAAUCCGUGGCUUAAGUAUGUCUGGUGGUAGAAUUGUAACGAAUGAACCUGAAACUCAGCCUAAGCAGGAGCCGGAAGAAGAGGACAUAAAGCCUAUUCAAGUCGAUACGUCACCGACUCCGCCGCCUCACCCAGAAUCUCCACGCCUUUUAAACAACAACCUUGUGCCUCAAAAUGAUUCCGUAAAAAUGGUUAUAAAAAACGGCGUUCUCAUGCCGAAACAGAAACAAAGGCGGUACCGCACUGAGCGGCCGUUUUCUUGCUCGCAGUGUUCGGCGCGAUUUACCUUAAGAUCAAACAUGGAACGCCAUGUCAAACAGCAGCAUCCUCAGCACUGGAGCGUGAGACGUCCAGCACCGAGACCGCCUCCACCUUACCCUUCAGCCGACACUUUAGCCGAUCGAGUCAAGUACGCCCUAUUAGCCCGUCAUUUAGAGAGGCCGAUACAAUCCGAUCGGUCUCCAAUCAGAAGAGAUUCAGACGAAGUUGCCGACAAUGAGGAAGAUGAAGAAGACGCUUUGGUCAUUGACGAGGAGCCGGAAGAUCGGAAACCAGAUGAAAACUCAGCAGCCCAUCGAGCUGCAGCAGAGAUUCUCAUGGCUUCACGCCAGCAAGAACUCCAUAAGGACUUCGAUCUCAAAAUUGCGGGAAACCUUAUAAACAAGCCGAUCCCAAUAACCACCGAAAAGACAGAUACGGGAACGGAUCCUGUUACAAUCCAGGAACCACUUUUAUCCGUUGUGCCCACACGCAGUGACGAAGAGGAGGAUGAGGAAGGCUUGGUUGCGUCAACUAGUGAAGGGAAUAUCUCCGGAAGCGAUGAAAAUAAAUCAGAAUCCGACACCGGCACCCAGCCACCGAAAAAGAAGUCCGCAUACAGUCUAGCACCAAACCGAGUAUCCUGCCCUUAUUGCCACCGCAAAUUCCCCUGGUCCUCAUCCCUUCGACGACAUGUCCUCACGCACACCGGACAAAAACCCUUUAAAUGCCCCCACUGUCCUCUUCUCUUCACCACCAAGUCCAACUGCGACCGUCACUUGUUAAGGAAACAUGGGGGAUCAGCAAAAGCCAUAUUAGCUGAGCCUAUCCAAGAUAUGAGUCCGCCUCAGAAUGACAGAUCAGUGCCUGAGCGGCCUUUCAAAUGUGCCUCAUGUCCUACCAGCACGUUUUCUUCCAUGGAGACGUUGAAGAAGCACAUAUCAUCUCGACACGGGACAGGCGAUUCGCAGCCAAGUUCCCCGAACCCAGAAAUUGAAGAAGCUGAUGCGAGUUUGGUAUUCAAGUGCCAUUUAUGUGAAGCUGCCUUUGGGGAGCGAACUGGUGCAUUGGGGCACUUGGCGUCAACGCAUUUGGCUGAAUAUGAGCAGUUGGUGAGCAAGGGUGCUCUGGACGCGCCGAGUGACCGCAGCGAGAGUGCAGAUGAUGACGAGAGAGGGAAGUUUCCGGAUCAUGCUAAUAGAAAGGUUGUUUGCGCGUUUUGCGUCCGCCGCUUCUGGUCAGCCGAGGACCUACGUCGCCAUAUGCGCACCCACUCUGGAGAGCGGCCCUUCGCCUGCGACCUCUGCAGGCGCCGGUUCACCCUCAAGCACAGCAUGCUGCGACACCGGAAGAAGCACCGCGAGGAUACCGACGACGAGGAAUCCUCGCCAAGAGAGGACACUGCUACCAACGGGUACCGCUACCAAGAAGAUGACUCUGGUAACGAGAUCCCAAACAACGUGAACAAUAACAACUCACCGCCCGCGGCUCCGUACGACAAGAAGCUCAAACUACAUAUGACGUCACGCAAAUACUCUUCUGAGCCCGAAAACGACGCGGAAAAUGGCGGAGACCUCAUCGGGAAACUCCUCGGUAUCCCAGACAAGACUAUCAUUAACAAGCUCCUGUCAUCCGCGGACGAGGCGGCCAAAUUCCUCGGGGUAAAAAAAUGAGAGUACGCUUUAGUCCUCGUCGCGCCAGCUAGGUUCAUCUUAGCGCCGCGAGGACUAAAAAUUCCCUUUGUAAAACCUAACACUGAAGAAAGCAAGACGUGUACAACGCCAUCUACCAACGAAUAGCUGUAUUAAAAGUUAAUAAUUUAGUUUUGUGCUGCUACCCGCUAUCUACCAAUGAAUAGAUAUAUCAAUAAUAAUAAUGCGUCCAAAUUAAGGAUAGGAAUUUUCCGCCAUAUGGUGACGUCUUAGCUGGAAAUUUAGUUUUAGUCAAUAAAUCAAUAGCUUAGUAUUGUAAGAAAACCGUUUUAUAAUCAACAUAUUUAACUUGCAAACCGUAAUUACCAAGUGACAGUUGAUAGAUUAAUAUUUUCCUAUUCUUAGUUUUGUACGAUAUAAAUACGUCUUUCAAGCAUAAAAAUUAUGCUAAUUAUUUUUUAUUUUUAUCAGUACUUAAUAUUAUUUAUAUAUUGAACUAACAGCGCCAUCUAUCAACGAAUAGAUAGUAUUGUAUUUCCGCUUAGCGCCAUUUAUACGUAUCGAUUACUUUUACGCAUAAAUUACGAUACUAUUUUAUUCUACAAAAUGAUUUUGUAAAUAAGAUUUAUUUUUAAGAUACAAAGGGUGCCUUUAGCUGCCUUCAUAUAGUGUAAACCGUCCUAUUCUGCCUUAUUUCUAGGUAUUGUUUAGUAUGAAAAAAAUUGUGGGUGUAAGCAACGAAUAUUUAUAGUGCCAGUUUUAUAUAAGUACACCGUCACUUUUAAAUUUAUAUGACGCCUUAAUAUAGGCAUCAUAUAAAUUUAUCGACGACUUUCUUAUAUGGUGUGUCAAUAAAUUCUAUAGUUAGUAAGUGACGAAAAUAUGCAUCGAUAUCUAAUAUUUUAAAUAUAUAAAUAAUUAGAUAGCUAUAACACGUUUGCAUUUUCAUCUAGUCCCAUUGUAUUCACGUUUUAUGACUUCAUUCACGUAAUUCCAUUUCGUAUUUUCAUAGUUGUGAAUUUCAGCCAAAAACUUUUCGCAAAUCCAAAAUUUUCUAGUCAAUUUUCUCUUAAAACGUUUUAAAAUAUUGACCUAAAUAUAACCAAAUAUCAGUUUAAAUUCACUUUUAUAUUAAGUAUACUACUAUAGGGUACUUUAGUGUUCGAUAGAUAUUCAAUAAGCCUCAUAUCAUAAUAUCCUACCAAUGAAUAGUUGCAUACUUUGUAAUUGUAUUGCAGUAAUGCGUAGUAUACUAAGUAUUCUUGUCUGCCUUACGUAUUUUAUAAUGCAUUGAUUUGAUAGGAAUAAAAUAAAAGGAACACGUUUUCUAUUCUUCUUCAAUAUCAUAAUUUUCUACACAUUUUUUCCAGUCAUUAAAAAUACAUACCUACCUCCAAAAAAAUAUUAGACUCGUAGGUAAGUACCUUUGGAUAUUUUUGUUUCUGGUCCUUCAAAAUUUUAAACCUAAAUUAUUUCUUUGUACUCUUAUUAUAACAGUUUCGGGUGUUCUUUCUUAUUCUCUCAAGUCAAUGCAUGUAUUUUUUAAAUAUUCGUAUACUUAAUAUUUUUCUUAAAAUACUUUUGUGUAAAUAAAUCAAUAUAAAAAAAUAAGUUGCAUAGUAGGGUAACUUUUGUUUGCUCAAAUCCAUGGCAUUUCUUUAUGACAAAGACUAAUUGCUUGUAAGAAAGUUUAGGAUCUCUUUUAUGAUAAACUUGUAUAGCUAAUAAAAAUAAUAUAAACCAAAGGAGUCGGUGAAUUUUUGUUUACCGAGAACGAAGUAGUUUUUGAUAUUUUUUUUUAAAUAUGUUUUUGUUAGAUGUAUUCGAAGAGUUAAAGUUAUUUUAUUUCAAUUUUAAGUAUAUUUCGGUGCAUUAUUAUUGUGUUAUGGGUUUAAAACUCGAUAUAAUAAAAUUAGUUUUAGUUAAAUUCAGUCUCCUCUUAAGGAUUGACGAAUCAUACGCUAGAAUAUACCUAAGUUCGAAUUUCGCUUUGUAUCAUAAAAGACGCUACACUAUAUACCAAAUACAAAAUAUAAAAUAUAACUUUGAUGAUGUAUACUUUAUUAUUAUCAAUACAUAUUUUUAAUUAAGUCAGUAAAAUAUUAUAAAGGUAAUAUCUCUUGCAUAAGCAAUAAUAUUGUAAUUAGAUAAUAAAUCAUCGUUAUUCAACGAGUUUGUAUUGUGUCACUGAAGCUUAGUUAUUUUUUUUAUUAAUAAUAUAAGUAAUAAAGAAUUAAUUAGUAUUGCAAUUUCAAAUUUCGAUAUCCUGCUUAAUGUCAAUUAUAGUUAAACGGAAUGGAAAUGUUUCAAAUUAUGUAAAUUAUUCUUUCCAAUUUUCGUGUUAAAAUAAUUUGCUGUACUUUUACGGUCAGUGAUAACGUUGAACGGAUGAAAAAAAUAUACGAUACCUGUGGUUAAGAUAUAAUAUAAUUACUGUCAACGUAUUAUUACUUUUAAAGUAUAAGUUUAGAUAUUAAAUUAUCUCGUACUUAUUUAGUUAUAGAUUUAAAUUAAGAUAUAUUUAUAAGAUGUGGCAACACCGCUUGGCCUUUCAAAAGUAGUUCGUGUGUCUUAAUAUAUUAUUGUUAUUUAAGAAGUUUACAGUUUUAAAUAAAUUAAAAUUUACCAAUAUUAAGUAUAUGCAUGAUUAAAUGGUAGUAAUUAUAAUUAUUAUUCAUUAUUAUCAUAGAUUGUGUAUUAAAUGUUCACUUUUGCCUCUCUUACUUUUUUUUUGCAAUACGAGUGUCGUUUUAAAAACGUUUUUGUGAAAUAUUAUAAUACUAUGGUGGAUUAAUAAAGAAAUACUGCUUUUAAUA